GGCUCAAAAAGAGUUCUUAUAUUGAUGGAAACUUGCAAGGGGUACUACAAGACAUAGCUAGAGAGGAAUUUCGCUUUCAUACACAAAUCACACAUAACAAGUGGGUAUAAGAAAGAGACUAACAAUUGAAGGUUAGUUCUGCGGACUUGCUUUUUUGGAUGAAAAUUCUCUGGAUGCUUCAAUAAUUUUCAUCCCCUGUUUUGUCAACAAUAAUUUUGGAUUAGAUUAGAUUAGAUUAGAUCAGACUCUAUAUGGUGAAGGUAGUAGGCUCGAAAAUUAAAUUCCGAAAGUCCAGCAGACCAAUUAUACCAAUAGGUAACAUCAAUAGUCAACAGUUUGGAAGGCAAGGCUCUUGUUUUGCAGGUUUUUAAAGAAGGCCAACAGAAGCCCCAUGAAAAGAAAUAAUGAGAAACAAACUCAAUAUGUUCUAUCACAGUGGAACUUGUUGGCUACCAGUGAAGAAGAAAGUUGCAACAGCUAGCGUGGUCUUCAUCUUCUUCCUCCUUGUCAGUGCUUUGGUAUUUCUAGGCUGGAUUGAUAUCUCUAUAUUUUCAGGUACUACUUACAAUGACAAACGAAUCCAAAGAACAACAGAAAAAUCACCAAUAGAGCAAGAAUUCCCACUGAAAUGCACAAAAGGAAACAAAAAACAGACCUGCCCAAAAAACUUCUACCCCACAACAACACACAAUCCUGACCGUCCAAUAUCAUCAUCAUCAUCAAACAGAACGUGCCCAUCGUACUUUCGUUGGAUCCACGAAGAUCUACGGCACUGGAAGCACACAGGAAUCACGAGAAAAAUGGUGGAGCGGGCUCGCAAGACCGCGCAUUUCAGGCUUGUGAUCGUGAAAGGUAAGGCCUACGUAGAGAAAUAUAGGGAGUCGAUACAGACAAGAGACAUGUUCAGCUUGUGGGGCAUUUUGCAGCUUCUAAGGUUGUACCCUGGGAGAUUGCCUGACUUGGAACUCAUGUUUGAUUGUGAUGAUCGACCUGUCGUCCCAUCGAACGACUUUCGGGGCCCAAAUUCGGGCCCACCUCCAUUGUUUCGCUACUGUUCGGAUUGGUCGAGUUUGGAUAUUGUGUUUCCUGAUUGGUCUUUUUGGGGCUGGGCUGAGAUCAAUAUGAAGCCAUGGAAAAAAGUGUUGGAGGACAUAAAACAAGGCAACACAAGAACCAAAUGGAAGGAUAGAGUACCCUAUGCUUAUUGGAGAGGGAAUCCAAGUGUGGCUCCUACUAGAAAUGACCUUUUGAAGUGCAACGUCUCAGCCAAAGAUGACUGGAACACUCACCUAUAUAUACAAGAAUGGGUGCAAGAAUCUAAACAAGGUUACAAACGAUCAAAUUUAGAAGACCAAUGCACUCACAGUGUGCUUUGUGCCAGAUAUAAGAUUUAUAUAGAGGGAUGGGCAUGGUCUGUAAGCGAGAAGUACAUUUUAGCAUGUGACUCAAUGACAUUGCUCAUAAGGCCUCAUUAUUAUGAUUUCUUCAUUAGAGGAAUGGUGCCAUUGGAGCACUACUGGCCCAUUAGGGACAAUAGCAAGUGCACCUCUCUCAAGUUUGCUGUGGAAUGGGGCAACAAUCACACGCAAAAGCAGGCUCAAGCCAUAGGAGAGGCAGCAAGCAACUUCAUACAGGAGGAUCUAAAGAUGGACUACAUAUAUGACUACAUGUUUCAUUUGUUAAAUGAAUAUGCAAAGCUCUUGAAAUUCAAACCAUCUAUACCUCGAAGAGCAAUUGAGCUAUGUUUAGAAAUGAUGGCUUGCCCAGCUAAGGGUACAUGGGAGAAAUUCAUGGUUGAGUCCAUGGUUAAGUCUCCCAGUGAUUUAACCCCAUGCACCUUGCCUCCUCCUUAUGAUCCUUCGUCACUACAAGGUUUUCUUGAGAGAAAGGAUAAAUCCAUAAAGCAAGUGGAAAUGUGGGAAAAUAAGUAUUGGAAAAAUCUAAACAAGAAGCAAUAAAUGCAUUUUUUUGUGUUUCUACU